AUGCAGACGACCAGCGAGGCCGCUGUCCCGUCCGUAGCCGGUCGCCCCAACAGCUCGGACGACCUCGCAGCUGACUUCCUGGCCUCCCCUCCAGUCCACUCGCCAUCGGACGCGCGGCUGUUGUACCGCGAGUGGCGCACAGGAUCGCACGUCGGUGGCGACCUCGCGCUUCUCGAGCCGGGCGCCCUCAGCCACCGUAGCGCCAUGAACAGCGAGGAACUGCUCAGUCGCUCGCCCUUUGGCGUCUACGGACGCUCCCCCACUUCGCUCCCGUGUAUCGCAGAGCGGCUGGAGAACCUCCCGGAACGGACCGAUGGGACGCCUGCAUCGGCCGUGCUCGUGCCACAAAACGCGGACUCCAGUGCACGGCUAUUGUCACAGAAACUCGCGGCGCUGGACGUGACGCAAUCGGGGCACACGAUCAAGUCGUCGCAGUCGGGAUCGUACAAUUCGGCAGUGUCGACCGAUGGGGCGUCGGGCAUCAAGAAGGCGCAGAGCUAUCAGGGCCUGGCGGAUCUGGAGAAACAAGGCUAUUUCCCAGUGGCUCCAAAACCGUCGGCACUGGGCGUUCAGCGAGGGCUGAAAGACUCGGUGGUCAACGACAUGUGUCGAGCUGUCGUCAAGCACAUGGUCGGGGACGUGUACGUAUCCGGCUCGGGCUCCUACGGCCAGCGGAAAGUGCUCAAUCAUCUGUACGAGCCCGUGUUUGCAUCGGUGCAGGCUCAUUUUCGACGACUACCAGCUAGAUACGCGCUGUCUGUGAAUCCAGACGAUGUGCCGCUGCAUAUGCGGCUGUUGGCCCAGAACCAACGAGACCCGACAGCUAUUGCUGUUAAUGCGCAGCUAAAGAAGGAUGACAAUGGCGAAAUCGUGCCCAAUGUGUGCGAGGUGGUGGUCGUGUCGUUAGAUCGAGAUAACAUAUUGGACGCUAUUACGCGGGCGCUUACUACGAUGAAGGGAAAUAUUCUGGACGCUGACGUGAUGACGACAGCCGAUGGAACAUUGCUAGAUCGCUUUGUAGUGAAGGGAUCAUUCAUGAGUGAUGAGCGCCAAGAGGAGCUUCGCUUGCACAUUGAACAGAACCUCCGUAGGCUCAGUAUGGAUGAGGAGGGCACACGGCCGAGUGUCUCGAGUGCACUAGACUCGAGUGGCAAUGAGACUGUAAGCUUGGCUGAGACGCUUGGUGUUCUUCAGAUGGUGGACAAGAACGAAAUCAGGGCUGAAUGGAAGCUGAACUUGAACGAGGUACGGCUGGACAAGGCCGUAGGCAGUGGUCGCUCUGGUUCAACAUACAGCGCUUGGUGGCGGGGCACUCACGUAGCUGCGAAAGUCGUGGAUUCAUCUGUCAACAGUCAGGCGGUGGGAGAAGAGCUGUCGAAUGAAUUUCACCGUGAGGUGGCAGUCGUUACGAAGCUGCGCCAUCCAAAUAUUGUUUUGUUCCUCGGAGCAGCUGUUGAUCCGCCGCGUUACUGCUUAGUUUUCGAGUUUAUGGAAAAUGGCACGUUGACCGACUUCAUCCGAUCUCAUCGCGGGCCAAUCGAUUUCUUUCGCUUGGCAUCACAGAUGACAAUGGGAAUGAACUAUCUCCACUUGUGCUCCAUCAUGCACCGUGAUUUGAAAUCUGGCAAUGUGCUUAUUGAUUCGCAUGGCACCGCGAAGAUAUCUGACUUUGGACUGAGUUGCGUACUUGAGAUCGGCAGCUCGUCCAACUUGACUGCUGAGACAGGGACAUACCGGUGGAUGGCGCCGGAGGUCAUUCGCCACGAGCCGUAUUCCACCAAGGCCGACGUCUAUAGCUUUGGUAUCGUGUUGUGGGAACUGCUAGCAAGAGAUCAACCUUUUCGUGGACUGACGCCCAUUCAAGCUGCUUUUGCUGUUGCUCGGCAGCACAUGCGUCCCGCGUUGCCGCGCCAGACACCGGUCAAGAUUGGGGAGCUUAUUGAGCACUGCUGGCAUCACGACCCCGCUCGACGGCCAGACUUUGGCUCUAUAUUGGAAGCUCUUCCAUUAGUGAAGAGAUCGCUGAAAAAGCGUGAUUUUAAGAAUAUGGGCAUCUUGUACGCUGCUCCGUAA